UGCAGCAGGUGUUGGCAGUUGUAUAUCAUGCAGGGUGAUGUGGGUGUGAAGCUACAGCUGUUGGUUUGAGCUCUUCAGUCUCUCGGAGGGCAGCCAUCUCCCACCUGGUCAAACUCGGACAGUGUGAAGGACUCGUCCGGUGCUAUGGCUCCCCUCGUAGCGGACUUGCAGGGCUGGGUGACGGGCGGAGGGCCGACUCUCACUACGGUGCUCGCUCUCAUCUUCCUCCUCGUCAUCAUCAUCAAUCUCAUCAACCUCUGCACCACCUGCCAAAAGCAUACCUUUGAACUGGAGCAGUCAGGUGCUGGGGUGGAACGAAGCUCGUCCACACUAGUCAGAGUGGUUAAACUGGAAGACGCCCUCGCUGCAAGAGAAAAUCCUGCCAUUGAUGAGAUCAAGAAAGAUGAAGAGGAGCUCAGCACUAUUCCUGAGGGCAACGGCGACGGUUUCACGCCCUGGAGAAACCACACAACACCCAGUGCAUUGGAGGACGCGCAGGUGGGCAACGGAACACCCGCUGGGGUCACAGUGACAAAUGGCGGCGGCGAAAUGGAUGGCACAGACACCACCAGGCACACGCUUCACGCCACACCCAUGAUAGCUCCUCAUAGAGAAGAGGAAUCACACGUGCAGUCGGCUCCUCCAGAGGUCUCAGUGGUCAGCCCUGCUCACGGCGAGCCCGAGGGGUCCUUACAAGACUGGGCGAGGGCACAGGCUGAGCCGACGGCCGACCACUCUGGCGAGGUCGCGUCCGAGCAUCCUUCGAGCUGGCUCCAAAUUCCAGAGGUCCGUUCUCAGCACGAGUACGAGACCAUAUCCGACAUGUUAAAACAGGCGUCUACGGAACUUUCCGAGAACUCGGAGGAGAUGCUGGAUGUGCCCUCCUACCAGUUAGUGACGCAGUUGGAACCCUACGCCACCUCGCUCCCCGACCCCACCCACCUCCCCCAACACACCCCCACCAUGGAGGUGGAGGAGAUCGCCGACCUGGAGGACAGGCACUCCAAGGCCAUGUACGCCAGGGUGAGCAGACGGAUCAAGUGCCCCACUCCACCCCCUGUUCCCCCACCUGAAGACGAGGAGGAGGAAGAGGAGAAAGGAGAGGAAAUUGCCCCACCACUACCAGACAGAGCCCUCGACACAGACGAAUCCAAUUCUCAAACAGCUUGAAAUGUGGCACCAUCUACUGUUAUUUAUAUGCAUGUACUCGUAUCUUCUGACUUUCCAAACAUAUUAUUUUGUGGGUUAUGUAUUGUUUAUUUUUUUCAAGCACUCAAUUGGAACUGAAAAUGCUCUUCAAGUGUUGACACGUUGUCAUGUUAAACACAGACAUGAGAUCAGUGGAACCUGUCAACUCGGAUAUAAAGGUUCAAGAUACAGAUAGUUCUAUAUAGGCAAUUUCUACAGUUGUGACACAUAUUCCAGUCAAAGGGUUAAACCAACUACCUUCAAAUGUAUUAAAUAAAUAAAUAUAUUUAAUUCA